AACUUGGACCAAAUUCUAGCAUCGUGGACACAGGCCUUUAGCAGCCCAGUUCGUAACUAGAUUGGUUUCGUCGAGAGGGCGCCCCAGGCGUCCUGUGGAAGCCCCUUCUCUCGAAUCCGUAUAAAUCAUGGUAGCUUAUCUUCAAGCCGAAAUUGCCGAAGACCCGACGCGAUCACUCGUGACCACGCGAUUCAACGUAUUAAAGAAGAAUUGAAGAUCAGCGAGAGCCUCGACGGUUACUGUUGACCGAACAGCUAGCUCUACAACGAGACCUCACGGUCGAUAUUGUUAUAAGAAUUUGUACGAGAAGAAAAAGAGCGCGGCGUAGAAACCAAAAAGGGUGACAUUACGCAAGCCGGAGCACCGAUUUCUGUACGAAAAUAAGCGCACGUCGCCUAUGAAGAAUUAAUUGUGAAUUAUUGUUGCAAGCAGAACGACACAGUAGUUAUGUUCAUUGAUUAGUGACCAGUCGUAAUAUAUUUUAAUCGCCACGACAGACCACACUUUUUACCACGUUUGAGCAUAGAUGCCAUGGGUUUCGAAGACAAAAGAAGUGACUCGGAAGAGGAACACGAUAAAUCCAGAAGCAGUACACCGGAUUCACAAAAAUCUGGUAGCAAUGUAACAGGAAACAGAUCAAAAUCACGCUCGGCCAGUCCUAAAUCUUCACCUGCCAGAUCGAGUCAAUCGUCGCCGGUGCAAAAUGGCUCACCGGCUGGCUCACCGGCUUCUGUUCGUUCCAACGCGAGCUCUAGAAAGUCCUAUUCUCGAUCGCCAUCCAGAUCACCUUCACCAAACGGAUCUGUUUCACCGAUGAACGGCAAAAGGAGUGUAUCCAGAUCACGUUCCAAAUCCCGUUCUCCAGAACGCACGGAGACGAGUGCAAGAGAUGGCUCGCAGUCACCGGCACAUUCGCAUCGCUCAAUUAAAUCGGGCUCGAGAUCCCGAAGUUCCUCUCAUUCCUCAUCCAGGAGUUCUCUUGCAGCAUCGAGAAAUAAUUCACGCUCCAGAUCGAGAUCGAAUUCCCCGAAGCCAAGUGACACUCCGUCUAAAUGUACUUCGCCGAAGGCGAACUUUCAACCGUCUUCAAGAUCCCCGUCGCCCCGUGCAAUCUCCAAAUCGCGAUCUCGGUCAAGAUCUGUUUCUCGAUCCCAUUCUGGGUCCCCAAAAGCGUCGGUCCAUUCACGCUCUCGAUCGGGAACCCCCAAGUCUUUCCACACAAGAUCCAGAUCUAGAUCAAGAUCGGGAUCAGCUAAUCCAAAAGAAGUUAAAGCUAGCUCGAGAUCGAGAUCGAGAUCUCCGUCCGGAUCAAAGAAAGGUUCCCGUUCGCCUUCAGCAUCACCAAAUCGAUCUCCAGCGACAGCCAGACGGUCAAGAUCGCGUUCUGUAAAUAGUUCUAGAAAAGGUUCUCCAGAUUUGGAGAAAAGUCCCCGUUUUAGAUCUCGUUCCAAUUCAGCGGAUAGAAAAUCUAAGUCACGAUCCAGAUCAAGGUCUGGAUCUGGGAAACAAUCGAGAUCACCUUCGCGAGAAAGACGAGUUUUAUCACGUUCAAAGUCCAAAUCGAAAUCUAGAUCCCGAUCCUUAUCGGGUUCAAGAAAAGGCUCGCGUUCGAGAUCGCGAUCAAGAUCACAGAAAUCAAGGUCCGCGUCAGGUUCGCGUAAAGGUUCCGUGUCUCCUGCGCGUUCAAGAAAGAAUUCCCGCUCGAGAUCCAGAUCCAGUUCGCGGUCUAGUAAAUCUAAAUCCAGAUCCAGAUCUGCCUCAAGAGCAUCGCGAUCAAGGUCUCGUUCAGGAUCCAGGAAGUCAGUAUCGAGAUCGCGAUCUCGUUCAAGAUCUAAAUCCGGUUCGAGAUCACGUUCAGGCUCACGCUCAAGGUCAAGAUCAGGGUCGAGAUCGAAAUCAAGAUCGAGGUCAAGAUCAAAAUCACGUUCACGGUCAAAGUCGAGAUCGAGAUCACGUUCCAGAUCAAGAUCGAGGUCUGGAUCGAGCGUAAAAUCCAGGCAUUCUUCGCGCUCCAAAUCCCGGUCUCGAUCGAGAUCUAGAUCCGCCUCCGGAUCUAGAAGGUCUAGAAGUCCUAGCAGAGAUUCGGAUGGAGUAGUUAGGAAACGAAAAAGAGUAUUAUCGGAUUCUGAAGAAGAAACUGAUGAAGCCAAGGCGAAGAAACGAACGAAAAAUGAGUUGUCUGAUUCCGAGGGUGAAAAUGAGAACGAGAGCAAGAAGGACGAUGAGGCGCAUCAAGAGAAAGAAGGUGAACCUGAGGAUGAUAAACAAUUAGAUGCAACAAUUGUCAGUGAGCAACAGGACAACGAAGAUUCUGACGAUGGAAUUAUUACUCGUGGUGGAAUGGAUGACAUGUUGUCCGAUUUCGAUCGCAUGUUAGCACGAAAGAAAGAAGAACAAUCCCGUAGGCGUAAACGAAAGGACAUUGGUAUCAUCAAUGAUAACGACGACAUUAUAGCCCAAUUGUUAUUAGACAUGAAAAGCGCGGCUGAAGAGGAUAGAAAGUUGAAUCAACAAAAUAGACCCGCCACAAAUAAGAUUAGUAUGCUAUCGAAAGUGUUGUCGCAGCUGAAAAAGCAUGACUUGCAAUUGGCUUUCUUGGAACACAACGUGCUGUCAGUCCUUACUGACUGGUUAGCACCGAUGCCUGAUCGUUCGUUACCGUCCCUUAAAAUCAGAGACAAUCUUCUAAAAUUAUUGUGGGAGUUUCCAAAAAUUGAUCAGUCCUCGCUGAAGCAAUCGGGUAUUGGGAAGGCUGUAAUGUACCUUUAUAAGCACCCGAAGGAAACGAAGGAGAACAAAGAACGCGCUGGAAAGUUAAUUAACGAGUGGGCCCGACCUAUUUUUAAUUUAUCAGCGGAUUUCAAGGCGCUUUCGAAGGAGGAGAGGAUGCAGAGGGACUUGGAACAGACGCCUCAGAAGAAAAGGAAAUCUGAGGACGGUGGAUCCUCCCAAAAAUCGCAGGAUAUUAAUAAGGCCUUGAAAGGAGAUUCCAAACCAUUGAGACCGGGCGAUCCUGGAUGGGUGGGAAGGGCCAGAGUUCCCAGGCCAUCUAACAAAGAUUAUGUCAUACGACCCGACUGGAAAUCGGACGUUGAUAUCAGUAGGAGCACCAAGAAGCAGAUGAGCCGAUUCGAGAGACACAUGAAAAACUAUAUAGACAGCAAACGUAUGAAGUCGGCAAGAAGAGCAGUAGAUAUAUCUAUAGAAGGUCGUAAGAUGUCUUUGUAAUAUCUUUGUAAUAUCAUGUUUCUUAUAUCUUACACACACGGUGUGAUGUAAAAUUUGUGGCAAUAUCUCCUGAUAAUUGUGCGAGAAGAAAGCUGACGGCCGGAUUGAUUUAGUUCUGACGUAAUCUCGGGAUUACGAAUUAGAGAUAUAUUGCAUAGUCAAGAUGCGCGUUGUUUAGUCUCCUUUCGACGAUUGGUAUUACAUAUUUAUAUUUGCGGACGAAGGAGAAUAUGCAGUUUCAUUUCACAAGUCGAUAACAAAGAAGCAUACAAUUCUACUGGACAAUACAAGAAGUAGUUAUAAUUUAAACAUUUUAGUUAGAUGGUCUCAAUUUUGACAAACCAGGAUAUCAUUUAGAUUUAAGUAUCGGUAAUGUUAAAUAAUGUAUUACUUAUAUGUUCUAUAUAUAUAUAUAUAUAUAAAGGACUGAAUAAACAUGUUUUAAAUUUCUGUGCA